CCCGUCGCCCGGUGGACACCCUCGAACUCCCCAACCCCGCGGCGGAUUCAAAAUAGUUCCACACAAUACACCGAAAAUGAAGAACGCCUUCCUUCGGCACAGAUUUAACUGAGAAACCAAGUGAAUCGAGAUUUUGAAAGAAAUAAAAAUGCGGUAAUAUUUUGAUGGGGGGAGACGUUGUGAGGUGUCCAUGUGGGAUGGAGCCGGAAGUAGUCCCGAUCAGGCGGAGGGCGGUUGUGAUAAGGCGGCGCGUGGGGAGGACUCGCUCUUUUUGCGGACGGCGGCGGCGAGAGCAGAGGAGGAGAUGUCGGCUCACCUUCAAUGGAUGAUCAUCCGGAACUGCUCCAGUUUCCUGAUUAAAAGGAACCAUCAGGUUUACAGCACCGAAUCCAACAAUCUGAAGUCCAGGAACUCUUUCCGUUACAAUGGACUUAUUCAUCGCAGAACUGUGGGUGUAGAGCCUGCAGCUGAUGGGAAAGGAGUGGUGGUCGUCCUGAAAAAGCGAGCGGGUCAACGCAAACCAGCAACGUCCUAUGAAAAGAUCACCAUCAACAAGAAUAGCCGCGCUACCCUAAGCAGUUUGCGACACAUCAUCCGCAAGAACAAGUACCGAAAGGACCUUCGCAUGGCUGCACUUCGACGUGCCAGUGCCAUUCUAAGGAGCCAGAAGCCAGUUGUUGUCAAGAAGAAGCGCACUCGGGCCACCAAGAGUGCAUAAACAUGUAAAAGAUGGACGUAUCUUACGAUUAAAAUAAAGGAGGAUCUUGAGUA